GCACAGCAGUUGUCAGUUAGAAAAUAAGCCAGCACCACUACGUUCCGCUUAACUUUUGUCCGUUUAAUGUGUAUCUCUGCAUAGGCUAGUUAGCAUUUACAAACUCUGAACUCUGUCAUUCAAAUUAGAAUAGCAACUUGUUUGUCCACAGUUGUAGUACAAAUGAUUUCAUGUGCAGUGAGAGCAUGCAUUUUUUAAAUGACAGCUCUAUAGACGUAUUUCUGAGCUGGCAAAUUUGCUAGCUUGGUCAUUCUGGACUCAAUAUUUCAGUUGUAUUUCCAGUGAAAAUUUUUUCAUACCUUUCAAAGCAACAGUAUCAACAUGACAUUGGUGAAUCACUGCUGCUUUGGGAAGGGGGAAAUCUUGGUGGUGCUGCAGCACAAAAGAUUAAGUAAACUGAUGAAUGUGUGACAAAGCAAGAAAGUCUUUGGUACAGCCAGGAAUUCAAAUCUACAGGUCAAAACUCAUGUUUCUGCAGAAAUUAUAGGACUACAGCUAUUUUAAAGACCUUGUUGUACCAGGACUUUCUUUAAUUGCAUGGGUUAUUAAAGCUGAGUCAAGUUCCAGAUAUAUCUAUGUGCCUUAAACAUAAAAACCCAUAUGCAAAUAUCACUUCUGAAGGGAACUGCAACUAUGCUUUUAACUACAGUGCAAUCUUUUAUGCAGUGACACAGUCGUAAGAACUAUCCUCGUUCUGAGACAGGUGAGAUGGCAGCUCUGCUUUUUCCUCCUUUGAAAGUGCAGGGUGCCAUGCAACACAGUAAGUAUUUUUCCAAGUCAUAAAAGAGGUUUUUCCUUGUUGCUUAAUUUUAAGGAAUCAACUUUUACCUGUACAGAUACAAAUGAAUUUAUUGGAAAUAAGCUGAAAAGAGCCGUGCUGAACACUGCCUCUUUCCUGUUUGGGAAUUCUGCUAAGAGGUUUUAUGAGCUCUCUGCGCCAAUUCUGCAGCAAAGAGGAAGUAGCAAAUAAUGAUUUCCCAUCUCAGUUCACCAAUUUAAGCUCUAAGAAAGGUUUGAUGAUUAAGCUUGAAAUUUUUUUCUCACAAGAUUAAUCCUUACUUUAGGGAGUAAUUCCAUUUAUAUCAGUAAGAUUACUCACGUGAGUAACCAGCUACAGAAUUUGCCUGUAGUUCUGUGAUUGCCUAGGGGGAAGUACAAACAACUCUGCAAUUAAAAUUAUAGAAAGAAAUGGAGGUCUGACCUUUUCUUUUCUUUUUUUCUUUUUUCUUUUUUUAAGUAUAUAUGCCUACUGUUUCAUUGAUGAGUGACAAUGGCUUUUGCAUUCUUUUCUUUAAAAAGAAAGAAAUACUAAAUGCUAAAGCUUCACUGUGAAAGGUGGAAAGAGGAGGAUCUCUGAUGAGGGGUUUUAACUUCAAGGCACCUUAGGCUUUCUUUAUGUGCAUCACAUUAGUGGAAAAUUCCUUCAUUCAUUUAAGAAGAUAAACAGUUGUAACUUUCAGGUUUGGUUGAUGUGACAUCAGUGACUGGCUGGGACUGCCAGCAUUCCAAAAAGGAUAUCGUCCUCAUCUGCAGCCACUCAGGGCUGUGGGGUGGAGCCUGCAGCACAAGCUGAAACAUUUACAGGUGCAUAAGUAGGUAGGGAAGGGCACGGGUGAUGCACCUGUCUUAGGAAAGGAGCACUAGCACAGGUGUCAUAACUUAUCAGCUGCCUGUGUUAGAGCAUGAGCUCCUUUGAUCCACAAACACACUCUCCACCACGCUGCAGCCCGCAAUUUCCAAAUAUUGGUCAAGAACCUCCAGAGAUGAGUAUCUACUAUGAGAAUUUUUUCCAUCCACAGAACAUCCCUAGUCCACAGCGACCGAGUACCUUUGAGACGACGGAUUACAACACCACUCCCAAUCCUUACCUCUGGCUAAAUGGACCUUCCAUUACCCCACCACCCUAUCUCCCAGGAUCCAAUGCCAGUCCCUUCAUUCCUCAGUCUUACGGGAUGCAAAGGCAGCUCUUGCCUAACAUGCAUGGCUUGGGAGGAACGGACUUUGGCUGGCUUCCUCUCCCGUCCCAAGAAGAGCUUAUGAAGCUGGUUAGACCACCUUACUCCUACUCUGCGCUUAUCGCCAUGGCUAUCCAUGGAGCGCCCGAAAAAAGGCUGACUCUCAGUCAGAUCUACCAGUAUGUGGCUGACAACUUCCCAUUUUACAACAAAAGCAAAGCUGGCUGGCAGAACUCCAUACGGCACAACUUGUCUCUCAACGACUGCUUCAAGAAGGUGCCCCGAGAUGAAGAUGAUCCAGGAAAAGGGAAUUACUGGACCCUGGACCCGAACUGUGAAAAGAUGUUUGACAAUGGAAACUUUCGCAGGAAGAGGAAAAGGAAGUCUGACAUUGGAGCUAGUGCUGCCACUCUUGCAUCUGAGAAAUCAGAGGAUAGUGCCCUGACUGGCAGCCCCAAAGCUGUAGAGCAUCAGGAUAUCUUGGAAAACUCAUCACCUGGGACUGACAGUUCACCUGAGAAAGGAUCUCCACCUCCAUCUUCCAGUAGCCCGUGUCUCAGUAACUUCCUCUCCAGUAUGACUGCAUAUGUUAACGGCUCUAACUCGGGGAGCCGCUCAGUGCCUUUGGGACUCAACUCUGAACCCAUUGACAAAAUGGGACAGAAUAUGGUAGGCUUUAAUUCCUACUCUCCACUCUCUAAUAUCCCCAGUCAUGGUGUGGGAGAGUGGUCCAAUUCUAUGCCUUCUAGCCACCUUGGCCACAGUAACUCUGUGCUCAACCAGUUUAACACCCAUUUUUACAGUAGUAUCAGCACAAAUAACACGCUGUAUUCCAGGGAAGGAACAGAGGUUUAAAUGAAGGAUUCUAAGACACUAAAGUAUAGCUAUUUAUGAGAGGAAAUGAUCUGUGGGCAGAUGAUUAGCAUUAGCCUGUUGUCUCUGGGACCCACACUGCAUCUUACCUUCUGACAGCCACAAACUUGUUACUCAUUAUACUUAUUCAAAUCACAAACACUCCACAUUUGGCAGCUCCACAUAAAAAAUCAGGGUUCAUAACAGCAAGAAUAGUGAAGAGCUCUCCUGAGACAUUCCACUUGUAUUGCUGCCAACCAUGGUCCUCUACAGACAUCCUUGAGAAGCUGCUGUUUGCCUUAGGCAUGAAGCUUUUUCUGGCAAGGUACUAAUAUUACUAUGCUUUUUAAAGUGCUAAUAGAAAGGUGGUUGUAUCUUUAAAUAUCCUCUCCUGCUGAUAUAGGCUGCCUGUACUAGACAUGCUUAGCAAGGUCUUAUUUGGCCAAAGCUAUUCUGAGACACUGAAGGAUCUAUAAUAAAAACUACUGUAUAGUGAGUAACAACCAAUACUUGAACGGUGAGUGCUGUCUUUGGUUUCCUCUCAUACUAAUGCAUAUGUUGUCUACAUUUUGAGCCCCUUUCAGUCCCAAGGGGAAUAUGGCUGUGAAGCAAGCUAGCAUCAUCAUGGACACAGCAGUAAUUUUGAAACUGAAGGGAAGCAUAACAAAAAUAUAAUGGAAUUGUCUUCUGCUGGUGCAGUUGUAUCUUAAUGUUUUCAAUUCUAAUUACAGGGACAAUUGUUUUUUUUGCCUUACACAUGCAAAUCUAUCCACAUAAGGAAAACAAGAUCUGUCCUGAAUAUAUAUAUAAAAUACAUGUGUUUUCUGAGAAGAAAACACAUUUGUUCUAUCUUAACAUUCUACAGGACUCAUUUCUACUGAGUAAAGAAUUUGAAUAGAGGGAGGGAGGGAGUGAAGAAGAAAGGGAAGACAGAAAGCUUUAACCAUCUCUGAGUUUUAAUUCCAAAGGCUGGAUCUUUCAAAGUAUCAAUUGCAGAUAUUGUAAAAAGUCCCUGUAAUUUUUUUUUUUCAUUUUGUAAAAGUCCAUGCUGUUUGUCCAUGUUUAAAUAUUAGAAAUAAUGCUUAUUUUUCCUACACUCUAGCAACAAACAAAAUUUCAAAAUAUAUGUGAAGUUUUUUCAAACCAAGACUUGAAUCAAGUUCCACAUUUAUGUAAUGUCUCAAACUGGACACCUGCAGCACACAUAGACAGCAAGUUUAACUGUUCAUAUCUGGGCACUGACCAGACUUUUGGAAUGAUAGAAAACUUAGUAAUGCAUUGUAAUAGAUACCGUUUUGUCUUGAUUAUUUUUUUAACUCUACAUAUAGUUUUGUUACGGGCCAUCGCAGAACCAUUUUUAAUAAAGCAUUUGUAUAGAAGAGU